GACCAGCACAGAGAGCAGCAUCAGCGCCAACUUGCUGCUCUUCGUGAUGAGAUAGCUGACAAGCAGCAGACCAUCGAAGAACUGAAGGACAUGAACCAGAAGUUGAACCUGUCUCAGGAGAAGCUGCUCAUAGACUAUGAACGUCUGAAGAAGAUUGAAGAGGAUAAGACCCAAAAACUCAGAGAACUAACAAUGCUGAGUGACAAGAGAGAGCAAGCCAAGCAGGACCUGAAGGGGCUUGAGGAAACUGUUGCCAAGGAGUUGCAGACCCUUCACAAUCUGCGCAAGAUGUUUGUUCAAGACCUUCAAAACCGGGUCAAGAAAAGUGCAGCAGGAGAGGAAGUGGAGGAAGGAGGAUCACUGGCUCAAAAACAGAAGAUCAGCUUCUUGGAGAACAACCUCGAUCAGCUGACCAAGGUCCACAAGCAACUGGUUCGUGACAAUGCAGAUCUACGCUGCGAAUUGCCCAAGCUGGAAAAGAGGCUGAGGGCUACGAUGGAGCGUGUGAAGGCUCUGGAAGGUGCGCUCAAGGAAGCCAAGGAGAGUGCUAUGCGAGACCGCAAGCGAUAUCAGUUUGAGGUGGACCGCAUCAAGGAAGCAGUGCGACAAAAGAAUCUCGCCCGACGUGGUCAUGCUGCCCAAAUAGCCAAGCCAAUUCGGGCAGGGCACCACCCGGCAAUAUCUGGAGGUUUCAUGGGAGGAGUCGGAAUGCCUCCUGGAAUCCGAGGGGGUCAGCCCAUCCGUCCCCUCUCUGAACUCGAGGUCCAGGCCUUGAAGGCACAGCAACAAAAGAAACUUCUCGCCUCCAGUUCUUCUUCUUCUUCCCUGAAGCGAGAGCAGCAUCAGCGCCAACUUGCUGCUCUUCGUGAUGAGAUAGCUGACAAGCAGCAGACCAUCGAAGAACUGAAGGACAUGAACCAGAAGUUGAACCUGUCUCAGGAGAAGCUGCUCAUAGACUAUGAACGUCUGAAGAAGAUCGAAGAGGAUAAGACCCAAAAACUCAGAGAACUAACAAUGCUGAGUGACAAGAGAGAGCAAGCCAAGCAGGACCUGAAGGGGCUUGAGGAAACUGUUGCCAAGGAGUUGCAGACCCUUCACAAUCUGCGCAAGAUGUUUGUUCAAGACCUUCAAAACCGGGUCAAGAAAAGUGCAGCAGGAGAGGAAGUGGAGGAAGGAGGAUCACUGGCUCAAAAACAGAAGAUCAGCUUCUUGGAGAACAACCUCGAUCAGCUGACCAAGGUCCACAAGCAACUGAGUGCAGCAGGAGAGGAAGUGGAGGAAGGAGGAUCACUGGCUCAAAAACAGAAGAUCAGCUUCUUGGAGAACAACCUCGAUCAGCUGACCAAGGUCCACAAGCAACUGGUUCGUGACAAUGCAGAUCUACGCUGCGAAUUGCCCAAGCUGGAAAAGAGGCUGAGGGCUACGAUGGAGCGUGUGAAGGCUCUGGAAGGUGCGCUCAAGGAAGCCAAGGAGAGUGCUAUGCGAGACCGCAAGCGAUAUCAGUUUGAGGUGGACCGCAUCAAGGAAGCAGUGCGACAAAAGAAUCUCGCCCGACGUGGUCAUGCUGCCCAAAUAGCCAAGCCAAUUCGGGCAGGGCACCACCCGGCAAUAUCUGGAGGUUUCAUGGGAGGAGUCGGAAUGCCUCCUGGAAUCCGAGGGGGUCAGCCCAUCCGUCCCCUCUCUGAACUCGAGGUCCAGGCCUUGAAGGCACAGCAACAAAAGAAACUUCUCGCCUCCAGUUCUUCUUCUUCUUCCCUCAAGCGAGAGGGAGGAGGAGACAGCUAAUGUGCACAAGUGUCAAGGUGGUGAUUUGAAAGGAUGGUGUUGUCUUGGAAUCAUUUUCAUUCCUUCUCCCCAAUGUCUUUGCUUCCUUUCAUC